AUGGCGGCGAUCCUUGUGUUUGCGACCUAUGGCUACGACCAGCGCCUUGAGGAUGCCGAGAUUGACGCACCACCCCUCACCCCAAAACUCCACAUAACCGCCGCCGACGACUCCGAACUCGACCUCUCGAUCCUCCAGCACCUAAAAACCGAAAGCUUCCCCACCCCCACAUCAAACCGCACCCGCACCCGCAACCGCACCCGCACCCCGCCCCUCGCCGCACCGAUUGCGUACAUACCCACCCCACCCAACCCCCCUCCCAUCCCCAGCGCGGCGAACCCGAAACAUCCACCACAACUUCCGGUGCUCUGCCAACAUAUAGCGGGAUUUCGCCAGAAUUUCACGCCUGAGUUUCCGUUUGCUUCUUGUAGUCUACGCACCCUACGUAUCGGAAAGUUAUACCGGGCUUUGCGGAGAGUGUAUGGUAAGGUAGCGGCAUCGCUGGCUUGGACGCGGACGUUGAGGGGGGAGGAUGAUGAGAGUGUUAGGGAGGCGCAUUCGGCGGGGGUGGAUUUUAGGGAGGAUGAUGCGUAUGUGACUUUGGGGCCUACGAUGAUGGGGGGUGUGGAGGGGAAGGAAUUGUUCUUGUUUUAUAAGGACUAUUUCAUUCCCUCGUCGCCACCUUCGUUGGAUAUCCGGCUGGUGAGCAGGACGACGGGGAUCGAUCGGGUGGUUGAUGAGAUGGUCGUGAGCUUCAAGCAUAGCCAGGAAGUGCCUUGGAUUCUACCCGGGGUGAAGGUGACGAAUAAGGUUGUGCAUGUGGCGCUUGUGUCGAUUGUGACGGUGAGGGGUGGCAAGCUGGUGAGUGAGCACAUGUAUUGGGACCAGGCGAGCGUGCUGGUACAGGUUGGACUGCUGGAUCCGAAGUUGAGGUUGCCCUUAUGUGGCGCCGAAGCAGCUAGUAAGGUGUUGGAUGAGGAGAGUAAGCCGAGCAAUGAGCUGAUCCCGGGAUGGGAGGAUCGCAUGAGGAAGCAGAAUGCCUCGUUGCCAGUGCGGCCCAAGCAAGCUGUCAAUGGCGGACAGGCUGGAAAGUCAUGA